AUGGAGAAUGAAAGUAAUUAUUUAUUUCUUGAUUUAAUAGAAAUUGGUUUAGUAAGAAAAAAAAUUUUUCAAAAACUUUCAUCAUUUAGUGAUAUUUCUAAUCUUGGCAAAACAUGCAGUCAAAUAGAUUUUAUAAUUAAUAAUGAUAAAAUAAAAAAAACUUUUAUGUGUUAUGAAGAUAAACAAAUUGUAGAAAUUAAAAUUAAAGAUCAUAAUGAUUCAAGUGUCUAUGAGUUGGAUGAUGUUGAAUUUGAAAAAUACAAUAAUUCAAGUGGAAAAUUAGAUGAAUUAAAAGUAUUUUUUGGAGAAAGAAUCUGCCUAAAAAGUUGUAUUAAUUUUUACAUUGAUGAUGUUGUAGAUGAUUUUGAAAAAAGAGAACGUUUAUUGUUUGUUGAGAAGUUAGUUGAAGAAUUAAAUUUUAAUCAUCAAAUACGUAAUGAAACAAAAAUACUUAAUUUUAUGAUAGAUUCUUUUGAUAAUCAUGACAUCAUUUUACAUACAUUAAGUCACAUUUGCCAUAAAAAUAUAAAACGAAUUGAAGUACCAGAUAGUAUUUUUACUGCUAGUAAUGAUAAAUAUGAUGGAUUAAAUUUUAAUAUAUUUGAAAAUUUGUCACAAUUUAAUGAAUUUGUCAUUUAUGCUACACCAUCAAUAGAAAUUUACAAGAGACUCUUAGACAACAAAAACAUUAUUGAUAAAAUUUUAGAAAAUUUAUCCAAAAAAGAAAAUUCAACAAUAAUUUUAGAAAAUUUAUAUCAUUAUCACAACAAAAUAAUACCAUAUGUUUUAUUUUUUAAUGAAAUUUCUAAAAAAUACAAUAUUAAAAUAAAAUGUAAUGUAAAUUUCAAUUGUAAUGGAUUGUUUUUAAGAAGAUGUAAAAAUUGUCUAUAUGAAACUUGUACAUUUUUUCCAAUAAGAGAACUUGUAACAUCAAUCAAAUUUGAAAAUGGAACGUCACACAAUUUAUUUAGUAUUAUGCAAAAUUGGCAAAAUUUUACUAAUUUGGAGACAUUAGAAUUGGCAAUUUCAGAUAUUAAUAUAAAAGAAUGUAUUCAGAAUAAUGGUAGUUCAGUUCAGUUUUUGUCUCUAAAAAAUUGUAGUACUUUAAAAAGAGUUAAAUUUGAUUUACGAUCAUCUUUCAAAGAGAAUGAUGUUUUAAAAAUACAAGAAGUACACUCUAAUUUAAUAAUUCUUAUGGUUAUGAUGCCAAGUACAAUCGAAGUAUUAGAAUUACUAAAUAUACCUGAUUUAAAUAAUAUAUUAAGUCUUAUAUUAAAUAUUCAUAUGGAAAAUUUAAAAGUAUUAAUAAUGAAUCGAGUAUCAUUUAAAGAUUUAACUUUUCUUAAUAAUCUUAAAAAUUUGGAAUGUUACAUAUCUAAUGAUAAUUGGAUUAUUGAAGUUCCAAGUACAAUUAAACUUUUAGGUAUUGGGCAUAAAAAUAAUAAAAGUAAAGAUGAUCAAUUAUCAAUAAAUAAUAAAAUUAUAAAUACUUAUUCAAAUAAUUUCUCAAAAUGUCUCAAAAGUAUGAAUGAUCAAUUUAUUUUUUUUAAUGAAAGCAAAUAUUGGGAUAUAUAUAAAAAAUUACUUUAUAACAUUUAA